CGUGUGGGUUUGAUUGGCACCGUGUUCUCUGGUAGUCGGCUGCGGGACCAGGACAGACAGCUGAGGGGGGUCUGAAUGUCCAACCGGGACGGUGUGCGUGCGUGUGGACUGGCGCGAACCGGCACGAUUCACAGGUCUUCACAGUUGACUGAUGAGUAGCCAGUAGGACUUGGGCUGGGCUACACCGACUGGCACAGAGAGAAAGCAGUGCCAGACAAGAGGAUUGGAGGACAGACGACAUAGUUGCAGAACUGCUGGUGGUUGACUAGUGGUUAUAGCCUUAGCGUACUUUUGGCAGUAGGCAGCGAGAAGGAGGGCUUGGCGAUGGUCACGGCUAUGGAGGAUGCCUGUCCCAAUGGGGUGCGGGAGGAGAAGGAGGAGGAGGAGGUGACGGCCCUGAGACAUCCUGGCGUGGAGGGGCCCCCGGCCGAGCGGUCCACCCAGGGAGCACAAACGUCUGGAGCCAUGCAGCAGGUGUUGGAUAACGUGGGUGAGCUGCCCACCUCCACGGGUGCCAAGGACAUCGACCUGCUCUUCCUGCGCGGCAUCAUGGAAAGUCCCAUUGCUCACGAGCAGCUGGAGGAGGUGAAGCUGGAGGCGGUGCAGGACAACAAUGUGGAGCUGGUGACCGAUAUCAUCGGAGACAUCAACAACCUCAAGGUUAAAGACGACAGCGCGGCCGAACUGUCCAAGCUGCUGAAGGAGCCACACUUCCAGUCUCUUUUGGAGGCACAUGACAUGGUGGCCACAAAGUGCUUCGAAGUCCUGCCCCCGGCCGAGAUACCCAAUGACGCAGCGGUGAACAGCGCUCUGAUGCAGGCCGACGCUGUGCGCAUGAUUGGCAUCCGAAAGAAGGCCGGAGAGCCACUGGGUGUGACGUUUCGAGUGGAGAAAGAGGAACUGGUCAUUGCCAGAAUCCUGCACGGCGGCAUGAUCGACCGGCAGGGCCUGCUCCACGUGGGCGACAUCAUAAAGGAGGUGAACGGGAAGGACGUGGGCAACAACCCCACCGAGCUGCAGGAGAUGCUCAAAGACUGCAGCGGGGGCAUCACGCUGAAAAUCCUCCCGAGCUACCGGGACGCUCCUGCUCCUCCACAGGUGUACGUGAGGCCGUACUUUGACUACAACCCGGCCAGCGACAACCUCAUCCCAUGUCGGGAGGCGGGGAUGACCUUCGAGAGGGGCGACAUCCUUCAGAUCGUCAACAGGGAGGAUCCCAACUGGUGGCAGGCGUGUCAUGUGUUGGCUGGAGCUACAGGACUGAUACCCAGUCAGUUCCUGGAGGAGAAGAGGAAAGCUUUCGUCCCUCGAGACUUUGAAGGAUCAGGCAUCCUCUGUGGCACUAUAGCUGGAAAGAAGAAGAAGAAGAUGAUGUACCUGACGGCCAAGAACGCAGACUUUGACAGACACGAGCUGCAGAUCUAUGAGGAAGUGGCGAAAGUGCCACCGUUCCAGAGGAAGACGCUGGUUCUGAUUGGUGCGCAGGGCGUGGGUCGACGCAGCCUCAAAAACCGGCUGAUGGUCCUCCAGCCGACGCGCUUCGGCACGACUAUACCAUACACCUCGCGACGACCCCGUGACGACGAGCUGGACGGCAACUCCUACCACUUCACCAGCAGGACGGAGAUGGAGGUGGACGUGAAGGCUGGCCGCUUCCUGGAGCACGGCGAGUACGAUGGCAACCUGUACGGCACCAAGAUCGAUUCCAUCCUCGAGGUGGUGGACACGGGACGCACCUGCAUCCUGGACGUCAACCCACAGGCUCUGAAGGUACUCAAAACUGCGGAGUUCAUGCCCUACGUGGUUUUCAUUGCGGCGCCAGAUUUCGAUACACUCAAGGCCAUGCACAAAGCUGUGGUGGACGCAGGCAUCACAACCAAGCAGCUCACGGAUGUGGACCUGAGGAAGACGGUGGACGAGAGCGCCCGCAUCCAGAGGGCGUACAGCCACUACUUCGACCUGACCAUCGUCAACGACAACCUGGACAAGGCCUUUGAGACGUUACAGGCCGCUGUGGACAAACUGUGCAUUGAACCCCAGUGGGUGCCCGUGAACUGGGUGUACUGACGACCAGCCGCAGCCACUGAGCGGGUCACACUGACCCACCAGCAUGUGUGUGUAUGAGAGAGAGUGUGCGAGUGUGUGUGUGUGCGUGUGUAUGUUAGUGUUUAUGACCACAAAGGCCAAAGACGAGGAGACGAGUGCAGAGAUACUUCUGCAAAAUAACAUUAAUAAUUAUAAAAAAAGAAAAAACCUCCUACUGCUCUUUCUCCUCUUAGGCCUGCACGGCUCGCAACUUUUUUUCUACUCCAAACUCAAAGGGAAAGAGUGCUUAUUUAUUUUAUAACUUUUUAUGAAAGAUCUUUCUAUUCAAUGUGGAAUUCCAGUGAGAAUGAAACAAAAGAAAAUCUGGUCUCGUACUCGGGCCAUAUUUUUGCAUUAAUUUAUUGUUGUUGUAGUGACACGUCUUAUUUUGUAGUCUUAUUGGUUUCAAAGUGUUUUUAGUUUGUUUGUUUUUCUGUCGUCUUCCCUCAUGGACACCCAGGAUUUACAAUAACCAUCCAGGCUCACCGAUGAAGAUGAGGAGAGACGCUGAGUUAGAAGAUUAUGAGCAGUCGUUGUCCAAGAAACCGUUUGGUGUCAAACGCCGUCGCCAUGUUUGAGCGACGUGUGGCUGUGUGUUUUAUUUUUUAUUAUUUCACCUCCCUACAUCUGAAUCCUUUGGUGUUAACCUAGCGGGCCCUAAAGUCUUCUCAUGGUUUUGUCCACAGGAGGAACUGGGCGGAGGGAAAUAAAAGAGCACAACUCUGUGAAGUUAAAGAAAAAACAACUUUAUAAGAUGAAGAAUUGUCUGUGUCUGGUAAUUCUGUGUAGUUUUGUUUUUCUUGUAGUUUUUGUGAGGUGAUUUUAUAGUUUAGUGUUUUGUCACACACGAUCGUUUGCUUUGAUUUGAAAUGAUCCUGUUCUCAGUGUGUGUGGCUGGAGUGUGAUCGUCACUGUUACUGACUGCGUUAACCACUUUGUUAAUGUUUUAUAUAUGUGAAUGUGGCUGAAAUCCUCUCCCUCCCUGUGGUCUCUAUCUUCAGUGUUGCAUUACGCCAAAGCCCCGACCAAACUCCAAGUACUGUUUGAAAUUCACAACUCUUAACUCGGAUUAGUAGUUCAACUACAGGCUGUAAAAUGAAUUAAUGUGAUGCUGGAUGCAUCUUGCAAGGCCAAAGGGUAAAUUUGUAGUACUACUGUAUGUCUCAUAAUGCUUUGUAAAUCUUAGUCAAAACCAGAGAGAAUUAAAGAAAAUGAGCUUUGAUGAAUAUUCUUUGAUUUAUGUAACAUUUCAACAUCCUGAGAUCAAUUUGUGCCACGUUUCAGAAAAACAGCCCAACUGCCUGUUGAAGUGUUCGCAUCAACCUCAUGUCCACAGAUUUGAUUUUACAUUUUUAUCAGCAAGGUUAUGAAGAAUAAAGUUUAUUAAACCUCA